AACCAGGCUUAAAAUCAGAAGAGACACGUCAAUAUUGCCUUAUUUUUCAACAUGACCUUAAAUAAUCUCUUGUAUAUUCCUUAAUCUCAUUUUAAUACAAACCUGAAACCUAAUCUCAAAUGUUAAUUUAUUUCAAAAUGCGCGAUGUCACAUAAAGGACAUUUUAAGGUAUUCACUCUGGGUCAUUUUAUUUAAUGUACUCUGAAACAAAUAUUUAAUGUGUACCGCAGGUUUGGUCUGUUAAAUCCCUGACUAUUAUCACUUUAAACCAAUGAGUUUAAAAAAGUAAAGUGUUUUGCAGUCAUAGUUGAAAUUUGUCUUCAGUUUAGGUACAUUUCCAUACAGAGUAGGCCCUCAUGGAGACAAUGCGCUGUAAUUAUGAACACCAUAAUUAAAGAGAAUAAUAACCUUCUACCAGCUUGUGCUUCAUUCAGCAGGCCAGCAGUAUGACGCCUCACGUGACUGGGCUGGCACAGUACAUGAAAGAGCUCAAUCAGCAGAGCAAGACAAGUGCUUCCUCAGAAAAACCACAUCCUUCGUAUCUCCCCUCUUGUUCCUUCUCUCUGUUUUCCUCUCAUUAUGUGUGACACGUACAUGAAUUAGCUACACCAUCACAUGUGGGACACACACUUUAAGCGGGUCCUCUCAUAUAUGCACGUGUAAACAGUCACGCUGCAUGUGUUUCAAACAGCCUGUGAGGCCAUCUGUGAUGUCUUAACAGCCCAUUCUGCAAGUAGAUUUUGUGUUACAAACCAAGUAAAAUAUAGUUCACACCACACUAUUGACAUGUUCCUGGCAAAGAUUCCUCAGAAGUUCUAAUCGAACAUACACAUCCUUACAGUCAAGCAGCCUAAUACUGAAACCUCAAGAUAAGCAUGACCAGGUUUGCUCUAAGUCAGUUCAGAGUGAUUUUGAUGCUCAGUCAUGUCUUCCAGUCAUCUCUGUACUUUGUCAGCACACGCACUGGGCCUCAGAGACAGCCCCUUUCUGAAGCUGCUAUGUCAACUUCAGGCCCCUUUCACAGUUGACAGGAGGUCACGUGUUGUGGCCUGGUUUCUGUUGAAGAAAAAAAUGACAGGGUUGUUGAGAGUUGAGACAGUGUUUGCUUCACUGUAAGAUUAGGAUGUUGCUGAAAGGGAAACUGUUGAAAUUGAAAAUUAAAAAAAAGAAAAGAAAUAGAAACACUGGCAGUCAAGGAAAAUGUUUAGGAAAUAGCUCCACACAGAUACAAAUUAGCUGGUUACCACACAAGAAAAUUUUUGAAACCUUUACAGAGUUUCUAGAGUGUAAAAGGAAGAAUUUCCCCUGCAUUCUCUGUGCAGCAUUUUACUCUCAUCAGUUGAAGCCACAGUGGACAACACAGACAAUUAUCUCAGCUACCACACAUAGGCAGUGCAAUUCAGAGUCAUUCAAACAUAAAUUACCCUGAACUAUUGAAAACAUAACGAAUCAAAUCAUGCAUUCAUCUUGCACUUUCUAAUAUGCUGCUCAUGUCUUCAUCUGAAGGCAAACAUAUCAGAUCAUUCACACAGUACUUUAUCUAUUUUAAUUUUUGACAUUCAUGAUAAAAUGACUAAUAUCACUUCAUCAACAAGGAAGUUUAUCUUAUCUUUGAAUUAGGUAUUGUUAAGAGAAAUGCCCUCUUGCUCACUCCUGUGUUUCACAAAGGUACAGAGCAGCAUCAUCAACAUAAUGUCAUUUCUUGGAAUAAUGUUUAUCUUGUCAAUGGCUUUCUGUAAGAGCAACAGAGUGGCUUGGAGUUAAAUGAGUGGCAUAUGGUAUUUUCACUUCAUCAGCCUGAGACAGAGAGAAGGGAGGCAGGUGCAAAAGAAAGACAGAGAAAUUAUUAAAUUGUUUUGCAGCAAAAAAAGUUUGUAUGAAACGAGAGAGAUGGCGUCUGUGGAAAAAAGUGGAGGCUGAAGGAGGGCAUGUUUUCGAACAGAGCCAGGGGGUCGCAAAAAGAGACAGAGAAAUGAAGACAGUGGGGCAGAGAGAUUUCAAAGGCACCGGCAAAAGGCUUUCACUAUGAGUCAUCACUGACAUUUUAUGAAUAAACCCCUGACAUACUUCUGGUCUCCUGUUCAGUCUCGCAUUCAGAGGGUCCCAGGUUACAUCUUGUCUCGCCUUCUCAUCCAUGAUGCAACCACACUAUUUUGCUUUUACUUUUCUGUGCAUUCUGUAUUUCCAGUCUGUGCUUUCCAUACAGUGCAAUGACACACAAUAUGCCUGGACACAGACACUCCCCGAGGUUUGCUGUGAGAAGUGCGCACCAGGUAGUCAUAUGGUGCGGCGUUUAGAAAGAUGUAAAAUUCGCUGUGACCCAUGCUCAGAUAAUCUGUACAGUGAUACCUACAACAUGGAGAUGACCUGCAAUCAUUGUGAAAAUUGUGACAAACCAAACAUGGAGUAUCAGUCACGUUGUAAUGCCACUCACGACGCUGUGUGCAGAUGUAAAGCUGGAUACGAAUGCAAAAACCAACCUUGCAAACAGUGUUUGCUGAUACCAACCACCAUCAGACCCACCCUCGCUCCAUUCAGCACAGCCUUAAAACAUGACAUCCUCACCACACUCUGGACACCCCAAAAAUCACCCAGAGGAAUUAUAUUUGCUGUUGCAACAAAAAGCCUGCCUUUUCUGCGCUGGAUCGAAUCAAAGCACGGCUACCUUUUGGCUAAAUCACAAGCACCAGCUCCACCGCAUGAGGAAGUAUCCAAGCCUGUCCAGGAAGCGGGACAUCAAACCAAUCUCAAAACAGAUCCUGAGCUUGGAUUAUCAAAAUAUUCAGUGGUGGACAUUAAGUGACACAUCAGGAAAGCAGAACAUCUUUGCUUGCUUUGGACAUUCAUGACAAAGGAGGCAAGCGUCACUCAGCUCAUGCUGAUGAAUGGAACCAGACAAAAUAUUUGUCUCAAGACUGAUGUUUCCUAAGAGGAAACAUGACUGUUUGACAUUCACGAUAUUGAAAUGAUAAAAGUGUGACACUGUGAUGUCUAUGCAUGAGUUAGAAAUUGUGCUGUAUGUUCCCAAACAGUGGUAUGUACUAUGGUACACAAAAGUUGAAGAUAUUUCAUAUCUUUACAUUUAUGUGUUUGUAUCUAACUAAGACUUUUUGCUGCAGUUUUGGAGUCAGAUUAUACAUUUAUGCAAAUGUUUUUAACUAAGAUAGU